CCACACUCAAGUGAAACAUGCCCUUCAAUGGUGAGAAGCAGUGUGGGAGUGAGGACCAGCCAAGCGAUUCAGACUCUUCUCGGUCCGAAAGCAUGGCUUCCCUCAGUGACUCUGAGUGCUCCAGGCAGAGCUUUACAAGUGACUCCUCCAGCAAAUCCAACUCUCCUGCUUCAACAAGCCCUCCCAGGGUUGUAACAUUCGACGAGGUGAUGGCUACAGCAAGGAACUUAUCAAACAUGACUCUUGCUCACGAAAUUGCUGUUAAUGAGAACUUUGAGUUGAAACAAGAUGCCCUUCCUGAGAACAGCUUGGCCAGUCGAGUGAAGCACAUUGUCCAUCAGGCCUUCUGGGAUGUCUUGGAAUCAGAACUCAGUGCAGAACCACCUGAGUAUGAACAUGCCAUCAAACUAUUUGAAGAAAUCAGAGAGAUUCUUCUCUCUUUUCUGACUCCUGGUGGCAACCGGCUUCGCAACCAGAUCUGUGAAGUUUUAGACACAGACCUCAUUAGGCAGCAGGCUGAGCACAGUGCUGUUGACAUCCAAGGCCUGGCCAAUUAUGUCAUCAGUACGAUGGGAAAGCUGUGUGCUCCUGUACGAGAUGAUGAUAUCAGGGAGUUGGAGGCUACUGGCAACACCGUGGAGGUCCUGAGGCAAAUAUUUCAUGUCCUAGACCUCAUGAAAAUGGAUAUGGUCAAUUUUACAAUUAGGAGUCUCAGACCACACCUCCAACGCCAGUUGGUGGAUUAUGAGAGAACCAAAUUCCAGGAAAUUUUAGAAGAGACCCCAAGUGCUCUUGAUCAAACUACGGAAUGGAUAAAAGAGUCUGUAAAUGAAGAAUUACUUUCUCUUUCUGAAGCUGCUUUAACUCCUGGGGCCGAAGGUAGCUCCAAGCCAAGCCUGAGCCCUACAUUGGUGCUAAAUAACAGUUACUUGAAACUGUUACAGUGGGAUUACCAGAAGAAAGAAUUACCAGAGACACUCAUGACAGAUGGAGCACGUCUUCAGGAACUGACAGAAAAGCUGAAUCAAUUGAAAAUUAUUGCCUGCUUGUCCUUAAUUACCAAUAACAUGGUGGGUGCUGUUAUAGAAGGUCUACCUGAAUUUGCAAGUAGGUUCAAAAGGAUUUCAGCUGUCCUACUGGAAGGCAUGAACCAAGAGACAUUUAACUUGAAAGAAGUCCUGAAUUCUAUUGGUGUUCAGACCUGUGUUGAGGUUAACAAGACCCUGAAGGAGAGAGGCUUAUCCACUUUAAAUGCUGAGGUUCAAGCUAAUCUUAUAGGUCAAUUUUCAAGUAUUGAAGAAGAAGACAAUCCUAUCUGGACCUUGAUUGGUUCGUGCCCGGAUCAAGCGGAACCUUCCCGUUGUGCCUCUGAUUAA